UCUCCUCCUUCCGUCGUCGCCUCCUUCAGCCACCCUCCGCCGUCGUAGUGUAAGGUUGCUGACGCUGCAACCACCGCCCCAAGCGAUGCUUCUUAGCAGGCACAGCCAUUUAUCUAGGACUAAAGAUGUUUCCCUUACCUCCUCCUCGCCAUCCUCCUCCUCCUCCUCCUUUUCCUCCUGCCCCUCAUCGUCGUCGUCCUCCAACUCCAGCCCCUCGAUAUCCCUACUCCACUCCCCUUCUACUCCGGCGGCACAGUGGCGACGGCGGUUGGCAGUGGCGAUAUUCACCUCGUUGCUGCUCCUGCAGUUCCCUCAAGAUUGCAACUCAUACUUGAACGCCUACGGGAGGAAGGAGGAAGAGCACACCAUCACUAUAGGCAUCAUCCACCCUAAGACGACGUUCCGCCAGCGCCUCUACACCAAAGCCAUCAACGACGCCGUCGGGGCGCUCCUGAAGCUUGACCUCAAGUUCAUGAAGACGUCGUUCAUUGCCAAUAGUACCACGCCCAUGGACAUCAACCCCUCGCCUACCUCUAUUCUGGAAUGCCUCUGCAAGAGGUUUCUACCGGAGAACGUCAGCGCCAUCAUCUUCCUCACUCGAACGGAGACCUACGGGCGCAACACGGCCUCUGCCCAGUACUUCCUCCAGCUGGCUGGGUACCUGGGUAUCCCCGUCAUCGCCUGGAAUGCAGAUAACUCAGGGUUGGAGCAGGCAGCCCAGAGCGGGUUACGGAUCCAGCUGGCGCCCUCCGUGCACCACCAGGCGGCUGCCAUGCUCUCCAUUCUGGUGAGGUACCAGUGGCACUCCCUGUCCAUCGUCACGUCGCAAAUCGCCGGACACACAGACUUCGUCCAGGCCGUCAGAGACCAGGUGGCUCAGCACAAGGAGAACCACAUGGGAAAGUUCGUCAUCAUCGACACCAUCAUCGUGGACGACAUCCGCACGUCCCUGCUACGCCUGAAGAACUCCGAGGCCCGAAUUAUCCUGCUGUACUCCACCAGGGACGAGGCCACAGACAUCAUGAAGGAAGCCAACAGCCUCGGUCUCACGGACAAGAACUACAUCUGGAUCGUCACGCAGUCGGUGGUGGGAGACAGGGAAGUGCCCUCCAAUGAACUCCCCGUCGGGAUGUUGGGCGUUCACUUCGACACUUCGCUGGAUAGCCUGACGUCCAACAUUCCCACAGCCAUUGAGGUCUUCGCGUACGCCGUUGAAAAGUUCGUGAACCAGACGCGUUUCACUCCGAGCGACCUCAACCCCCGACUGUCUUGCGACGACCACAGAAAUGCCAAGUGGGGACUAGGCUAUACCUUCUACAGACAUCUCCGCAACGUGAGCAUUCCUCGUCAUUCUUCGAGCAUCUCAUUCAACACAGAUGGCACAAGGAAAGACGUCGAACUGAAAAUCGUCAACCUCAGAGAGGGGACGUCCAACAACAGAGUUUGGGAAGAGAUUGGAGUGUGGCGGUCGUGGGAGGGGGAGGGCCUCUCGGUCAACGACAUUGUUUGGCCAGGCAAUGGACACGUACCUCCACAGGGCGUCCCCGAAAAAUUCCAUUUGAAGAUCACGUACUUGGAGGAGCCGCCCUACGUCAACCUUGCCCCAGCAGAUCCGGUCACCAACCAGUGCUCGGCCAACCGUGGAGUCAUUUGCAAAAUACCCCGAAAGAAGCCCGGAGAGGCCGGUGCUGGAAACACCUCGACCUCGGCGUCCACCAACAUGUGUUGUUCGGGCUUCUGCAUAGACCUGCUGGAGAAGUUCGCCAACGACCUCGGGUUUUCCUACGAGCUCAUGAGGGUGGCGGACGGCAAGUGGGGGACUUUCGAUCAAACCAACAACCGUUGGAACGGACUGAUCGGAGAGCUCCUGCAGCGGGAGGGCGAGGGCGCCGAGAUGGUCCUCACCAGCCUGAAGAUCAACAAGGAGCGGGAGAGCGUCGUGGACUUCACCAGUGCCCUUCUCGAGUCGGGCAUCGCCAUCGUCGUGGCGAAGAGGACAGGGAUCAUCUCUCCCACGGCUUUCUUAGAGCCCUUUGACACUGCGUCGUGGAUGCUGGUCGCCUUCGUGGCCAUUCAAGUGGCCGCCCUGACCAUCUUUCUCUUUGAAUGGCUCAGCCCAGGUGGAUACAAUAUGAGGACCGGCCAGGUUGAGAUGGCGCCACCCAGAGACCACAAGUUCUCGCUCUUCAGAACUUACUGGUUGGUCUGGGCUGUCCUCUUCCAAGCUGCCGUCCAUGUGGAUUGCCCCAGGGGAUUCACAGCAAGGUUUAUGGCCAACAUGUGGGCCAUGUUCGCCGUAGUGUUUUUGGCCAUCUACACUGCCAACCUGGCUGCCUUCAUGAUCACGCGCGAAGAGUUCCACGAUUUCUCUGGCAUUAACGAUACCCGGCUCCAGUACCCGUCGACAGUGAGCCCGGCCUUCAAAUUCGGGACCGUGGAUGAGACCAACUCUGCCAUGGUGUUGAAGCGGCAUCACCCUCUGAUGUUCAGUUACAUGGUUCGCCACAAGUACAACAGAGACAGCGUCCAAGACGGCAUCAAGUCCAUCAAGAAGAAUGAACUCGAUGCCUUCAUCUACGACGCAACCGUCUUGGACUACCGGGUGGGCCAGGACGACGAUUGCCAAAUUCUAACGGUGGGGUCUUGGUACUCGAUGUCCGGUUAUGGCCUGGCUUUCCCGAGGGGCUCCAAGUACCUCACUCUCUUCAAUAACAAGCUUAUGAGCUAUAAGGAUAACGGCGACAUCGAGCGUCUCCAGAGAUUCUGGAUGACGGGUACUUGCAAACCCAAGAAGCAGCAACGCCGGGCAUCCGAACCGCUGGCCAUCGAACAGUUUUUAUCGGCUUACUUGCUGCUCGGAAUCGGGAUGGUCAUAGCCAUCGUGCUGCUGGCGCUCGAACACAUAUACUUCAAGUACGUCCGCAAACACCUGGCCAAGAAGGACAGCGGAGGAUGCUGCGCUCUCGUCAGUUUGAGUAUGGGCAAAUCCCUGACGUUCCGCGGAGCCGUGUACGAGGCGACGGACAAGCUCCGGCGACACCGGUGCCGCGACCCGCUGUGUGACACGCACAUAUGGAAGGUCAAGCACGAGCUGGACAUGGCGCGCAUGCGCAUCAAGCAGCUGGAGAAGGAACUGGAGGCCAACGGCUGUAAACCCAAUAUCAAGAAAGGUCAGCAGCUGCCCCUCGGCGCUGUUAGUGCUGGCCCUCUGCUUGCCUGUUGCUGGACUCCGCCCUCAGAUGACUCAACUUGGGUCAGGACCGUCAGUUUGGACGUAACAAGCAGCCAACAACAGCAGCAGCAGCAUCAGCAGCAGCAGCAACAGCAACAACAACAGCAACAGCAGCAGCCUCUGCAGCAGCAACAGCGCCCCCAGCACGAGAUAUUCCAGCACCACCAGCACCACCCCCAGCCCCCCCACCAGCAGCAGCAGCAGGCGCACCACCACCAUCACCACCAGCUGUACAGGCGCCACGACCUCACCCGAAACCACGUGGUGUCCACUGAAAGGCUAGAGACUGUGCUUUCGGAUAUCCCCGCUCCCCCACCUCAAAGAAAACGGAGCUACGAGUAUAGAUCACCCGAUAGCCCCCUGGAAGGACUUCUUAGGCCAGCAGUAUCAAAUGAAAUAGCUGAGAUAGAGACUGUCCUAUAGACGCAGGACCCCUCCACAUUUCUGAUUAAGGAAAAACUUCGUCUCCGCUACAGAAAAUAAAACACAGUACGAACAGUGGUGGUUCCACCGCACAGGGAAGAACACCCUUGAACCUCCUGAAAUACGGAUAGUGAUGCAAAGCUCUCAAUUCUUCAACAUACACCAUACUCCUACCGAGACUACCACUUUAUGCUGUUUCCUGCAAUUUCUUGCUGACCAUUCCUGAAGCACCAGUUUCAGAAUGUUAAUUGACUUUUUCCGGACAGAAGUCAAAUCUGUUUUUGUGAUAAGCAGUUCUCACUAGACUCAUGCCAACAUAUGAAUGUAUAUGAAUAUACAGUAUCUUUUAAUAAGCGCUAACCUGCCUGUUUAUACUGUACGACUGAAGAAAACUCGUGAGUAUCCUAAAUAGUUAAAUAAGCAUACACAGGAUGGACUGUAUUACCCUCUAAUUAGAAAUAUGUAUAUGAAUAUGUAGUACCUGUGUAACACACAGGACUAUUUCUCUAGAACCAUAGUCUGUUACAUAUGGAACAGUUUUACACAAACACAAAAUUCCACAACUUACAAAAUAUUUUUUUAUAGGACACUAAAAUCAUCAGCACAUGCUAUGUAACCACGAUUAUCUCGCUUGCUUGAGAAUAUUUUUCAUUUUGAAAAUUAAUCUUUAUGACAUCUGUUAUUUGCAUGAUAAAAUUGUAUGGUAUGUUUUCAGAUAGAUUCAACAAAGAUAUACAGUCACCCAGUGGUGGGCUUUGGGAGUUGACAUGUUUUAUGUUUAUCUGCCCCGUUUUUAACUUUCUGAAAUGAACAUUCCAUUUAAUUGUAUUGUUAAAAAAAAAUUUUAGUUUGGUGCUAGGAGUAAUCACUUGUGGUUUUACCAUUUACUUUUGAAAUGAUGAUGAUGAUAAACAAAGAGCAAGCUUCUUAUUUAAGGUACAAUACCACAAAUUAUGCUCUUUGAAGAUAAGGUUUUAGCAUAUUUUAUUUGAGGCAAAUAAACUAGUGAUUAUGAUAAAUUUGAUAAGUAAUGAAUAUUUGCUACUUAGCCAUAGGCUAUGCAAUCCAUUGAAUAUUGUAUUUGAGGCAUCAUUUAUUGGCUCACAUUAUAGAUACGUAUAUGGUGGUACUGAAACAGGCCUCUGACAUUUUCUGCCUCUGCAAUAGACCCACCCCUUGAAAAGCAGAAAAUCGAAAGUCACGCAAACAGCAGGCAUCGGUAAGACGGUCUGCAAGAUGUAUACGUGACACUCUGGGAUAAACUAGGUCGCAACUUACAGUGUGAUAAGAUAGCGUGAGUACCAGCAAAGCACCCGUUGCAUUAAAUGGGCAUUCCCGUGUGUGUGCAUAUGUACAUACUGUACAUAGUACUUAUGUUAACCUAUGAGUGUGGAAAUGGUGGUUGUUGUUUACCUAACACAUACCAGUAACUCUCUCUUACUUAAUGUGUAUUCCAGAGCAGACUGGAAGAUCCUGUAUAGCGUACCUACACUUGUAGAAUCAAGGUGGUAUGUGUAUUCGUUAAGAGAUGCUGAAGAAUUGUAUUUUCUUAUUGAGACUUGCCUACUACAUUUAAACCAUAAUUGAGUCAGGAAUUCAAAUAGAACACUACAUGAUUGAUUAUAUGGAAUACAGUAUGAUGGAUUCAUUCGCUGACAGGGUUUAUGUCAAAACAGUGUUACAAUGCACUUUUUAUGUUCAGUAGAGUUUAUUUUCUCUGUAAGGGUUUUGGAGUUGACUGAAAUUAUUGUAGGUGGAGCACAUCUUUGUUACUGAAAUUAAUAGACAAAAGGGAAGGCUAGCCUAACCUGAGAUGCAUGUCAUUUCUAUUUAGAAUUUAAGAAAAGUUUAAGAUAUUCUGCCUAACCUCAUUUUUUAAUUAUAGCACAUUAUGUAAGUCAGAGUUACUCCUAUAUACCUAUUAUGUAUUAAUUUCCAAAGAAAUUUUCUUUAAGCAUACUAUGAGACUGGAAAUUCUGUUUCUUCAUUUUUUAUCAGAUAAAAAUAUUGAGUCCACAGCAUUCAGGCUCACCAGAUGUGCACUAGACUCAUGGGUAUGAUUAAAUAAUUUCAUGGAGCUAACAGUGGUAUGAAAUGAAGCUAGGCAAGACAAACAAGGGACUGCCAAAUUUAGUAACUUGAACAAACCUCUUUUAGAGUAGCAUACUGCAUAGCAUUCUGCUUUUUCCCCCUCUUGUUUAGCCUUUGUCAUUCUGUUACCAAGAGUUAGAUUUCCCAUUAGGAUUUUUCAGAAUCACCCAAUUAGGUAAUAAUCAUCCUCAUGAAGAGACAAGAGAACCUCCUCUCCUCUGUUCGGUUUCUGCAAUAGCAAUGCAGUACAAGCUUUGUGUGUGUCAGUAACUUAGAUUAGAAGUGUUGGUGUUACUAUUGACUGCUCUUGUUUCUUUGCAUGAAGAUGUAAAGGAAUUUGCCUUUCACCUUGCCUGUAUCAGCCUUGUCUCUUGUCUCUUGUGACUGAGAAUAAAAACUGUAAGUGAUGAGAUGGCUUGGUUUGACAUUGUGAAGAUUAUGACAUCUAUAAGCUACUGUUUAGAAAACCAUCAUAGUGAUAGUUUAAGUGCCCUGUCAGCUAUCAUAAGAUGUUUAGAUUUAAAAGCACAUGUAAUAUGGUGACAUGUGGCAUAUGACACCGACUUGAAUUUUUGGUCAGGGAGGUUUCUAAAACACAUUUAGGAUGGCAUAAUAUCUAGCUUCAUUCCAAACUGUAUGUUGUUAAUGUUAUUUCGGGGAGCAAACUUAGGAAACUUUAGUUACUACCAUUAAUAUAUAUAUGAGGUUCAAUACAAACUCAUGUGAUACCAUGUUCUUUGUAGUAUUGUAAAAUUGUAUAAUUUCAGUAUCAGAACUUUGAUAUAACAGGAAAAGCAAGGAAGCAAUUUAACAAAUGUGUAGUUUUUGUCGCUUAAAACCACAGACUAAUAUGUGAACUUCAGUCUUAGUCCCUUUCAGUAAUAUAAGAAAAACAUAUGUGGAAUACAUCUUGAGCAACUGGCAGCUCUGUCGACAUUCAGUUUGUCCAUACAAGAAAUAUUGAUGUUUUUAAAUAAUUUAAGAAUUUGGGUACUGUAUCUGACAUACAAGGAAAUGGAAAUCAGCAUAAUUGGUUGUACAACUGUGUCCCAUAAGAAAUGCCUGUCAAUUUUCCAGUGCCAUUCUAUUAUAUCAAAAUAUAUUGAUUUAGCAUUCACUAACUAAUAAAGCCUACAGUGACUGACUCAAACAUUUUGUAUGAUUCCAGGUAAGGAAUUGUUACAGGUGCAAUAUUAUUUCAGAUGAAACCUCUACAACCAGCAUAGUUAUGUAACUUUCGGACUGGUGGAGGAAAUCGAAAUACGUACUGGGUAGCUGUUGCCUUUUCACACUUUGAUAAAGGGAGAGGCUUAUUCUGUCAAAUUUUAUUCAUUAUCACAAAGUAUAGAUGACUGCACCACCUCUGCUGACUUUGAAAGAGAUGAUAGCGCAUUUAACGUUGAAAGUGAUCUUAAAUGAGAUGCUUUUGGGGUAAGGUUCUGCAAAACUCAAAAUCUUUCUCAGGCACAUUUUAAACACCUUUGUGAGGUGAGCCAAACUGAAGUUGUUGAAGGUGAUAAACUUCCAGGAAUGCAUGCAUGGGAGGUAUAUUUUAAUAUUUACAAUUAUCCAUCACUUUUAGUAAAGAGUGCCAAUAAUAUAACUGGAAAAUGUACAUAAUUAUUGUAAAAAUCCUUUUGUAAAUAUUAAUGUAUAUAUACCUGUAUAAAGGAAGGCAACAUUUUUCAUUGACGUGUGGAAUUUAGAAAUGAGUAUAUAUUACUGUACUGUUUACCACCAUGUAUUAAUUACAGUAUUCUAGAACAGCUGUAGAUGUAUAUAACUUUGCUAAAGUCAAUGAGUAAGGAAAAUGUGAUUAGUUUUAUAUAUCUAAAUAAUAAUGUGCUGUGAAAACAUUUUAUAUGAGAAAAAAAAGACAUAUACUAUUAGAAAAAAUGUUCAUGCAUCUAUUAACAAGAGAAGCUUGAUCGGAAAAUUAGAUAUUUUUAACAGCAUAAACAUUUAUAUCAGCAUUUAGCAAAGUGUUUGAAAAGUAUGUACUGUACCUUUCAAUUUUACCUAAAAAUUAAAUAUAAAUUUAAAAUCGUCUUUUGAGUGACUAACAAAUUUCGUAGAAGGACGAUUUGUAACUUCAUGUUACAGUAGUAUGAACUUGACCUCUUACCUUUAGUUCUGAUUGCAGUUUCCAUUUGGCUUGUUUUUAUCACAAACCGUCCGAUUCUUGAUUGAAUGUGAAAACAUUGCAGGCUGAAGCUAUUUGCCUCUACACUACAGAAUGAUAUAAAGCCAGCUUCCUAGAAUAUAAAGCUGCUUCCUUCAUUUCUAGCACUUAAAUUGUGACUGUUUCACAACAAACCUAUUACGUUUAUUGUCCACUUCAUUUGCCAUGAAAUGCUCCCAGAAAAAGCUAAAGAAAAAUGAAUUCCAUUAAUAUAUGAUGCAUUAGUUUUUGUCACCGAAUGUACCAAAUAGAUACGUGUGAACAAGAACCGUAACAGUGGAAUAUAGUAAAAAUUGGCAACUUGCAAAGAAGGCAACCACAUUUCACUUUAAUAUGUAUGCAUAAAAUAUGAACCACUAUAGUAGCAUUGUCAAUUUAUUAGGAAAUGCAAUGGUAAAGCUUGAAAGUUGCAAGAACCUGCACAAAGAGAAUUCUAGAUCAGGGUCAGUUUAAAUUCUGUAACAAGUUCACCAAUAUAACUGAUUGGUGUAAGUAAUUAGUUUCAGGUCUUUAAUGAUCAGCCUGUUAGUGAAAGUAGUUUUUCAUGUAUGAACAAUUUGCAUUUACAGUUUGUAUAUAUUUCCAAAUGAGAACUUAUAAUUUUUCCCAGAAAUACCUUGAAAUAUACAGUGUAUAGUGCAUAUUGCAUGUAAUAGUCAACUGCAGAACUGUAAAUGGUAGUGUUUAGGGUGUUGAUUAAUGUAUUGUUGAUGUAUAGAGAAAAAAUAUAUACAGUACAGUACAUGAAUCAAGAAAUUUGAUAACAGUUGAUUAAUGCAUAAGUAAAGAGCUAUAUUUGUAGUUAACUUCUGCAUGCUCUUGCAUAUGUAAAAUUUAUUUUGUACACUGCAUCAUUUCAAUUAAGUUUAUAAUAUGUAACCCCGUUGUUUGAUUGGCGUUGGCUUAGAGAAGUUGAUUUUCUCAUCAGUCACUGAUGUAAAAUGAAGGAUAAAAAAUUUAUGCAUCAAUGUUUUGUAAAUUAAAAGUCAUUUGUGUAUUAUGAACUAGGACAUGUUUUUGUGUUGUGUAAAAUUUGUGUGUAUGUUAAGCUAUUGAUACCUAACCUGUGUUCAAUAAUGAUUUAAGUGAAAAAGUAGUUAAUCCAUUCUAUCUUUUCAGUGUGUCAUUGUAUGAGUAAGAAUCUUCCUCACAAACAUAAUUGGAUGAUAUUUCUUUGUUUCUCUUUAUUUAAUUAUGUAUAACGGUCAUAUUAUUUUGUUCUUUUUCUACUAAUAUACUGAAAUGUAAAUGGUGAUGAAUUUGUAGAUAUUUUAAAUGUUUUGUUGUUUCGUUUCUAAGAAAUCUACAGUAUAUUUCUUGCACUGCUUUUCAAUAACCACCAGCUUGAGUUUUGAAGAUUUUGUGAUAUAUAUUUAUAUAUUAGUACCUUCUUUUUUAUAAACUUUGUUUUGUAUGCUUCAUCAAGACUUCUUUUGUCAGGUGGAUAUAGUUUAUUUUCAGAUGUCAUACUGUGAUCCAUUUUCAUGAAUAUGACAUCAUUUAGGUAACCCCUUGUCAUAAAUUUCCAGUUUCUGUACACCCAAGGGCACAUUAAGUAUGUAUUUAUCCCUCCAUACAUGUGAAACAAGAAGAGUGGCCAAACAUGUGCCCAUUAAUUAAAGUACAGAUUACUAAACAUUGUAUAGAAGACUGUAUUUAAUGGGCACAUGUAACUGCUAUCCCCUUAUUAAGCAUUCUGUUUAGUGAUGUAUUUAAUGGGCACAUUUAACUGCUAUCCCCUUAUUAAGCAUUCUGUUUAGUGAAGCCAGCAAACCAAUUAUAACAUGUGUUAAGAAGAUACAAACUUUGGCUUGUGUAAACUAGAAAAGACUUAGCACAACUAUUUUGGUACUGAAGCACUGCUUAACAAUUAUGAAAAAAAAACAAGGCUUGUUAAUGUUGAUUUUUACAGUUUUGAGCUAUUAAGAUAUGCUGCAUUGGAACAAUACAAAAACCAUUUCAGUUCUAACCACAAACAGCUUGCUGCCUAACCUUAUUAUACAUGUAGAGAUGGAGUUCGAAAAAACAGUAGUACAUACAUAUAGCAUGUGUCAGCCACAGAAAAUUUUAAAGACACUAACAAAAGUAAAAACCAUUUGUAAAAUCUUACCCGUUAUAACACUUUUUUCGUAGCUCAAUUUUGUUUUCAGUACGAACCAGACAGACCAGCUUUUUAAAUUUAGCACUUUUACCUGUGAGAUUCCAACCUUUGAAAAUCGUGAAAACCUUCAAAAUAAUACUCAGAAUGUGAAAUACUAAAAAAUACAGUACACAUAUUCAAUACAGUGCUCCUAGAAGUAUUCUACUUUCUCAGCAAUAAAAUACAAAUAAUCUUGAUGCACUGUUUUGAUGUAUGUUAGGGUAAUGUACUUUAUCUAUUCCGGGAAAAUCUUUUCUGGCCAAGAUAUUGUCCACAUAUCCUCCAUGCUGUCCACAUAAGGGAACCAUCUCAAAAUACUCUGAACCUCUCUCAUUUACACAUCCUAACAUGUCUCUCUUCAUAAAAGUUGUCACUUGUCUUAACAAAUCGACUAUAGUAUUGCAAAUCCUCUAAACCCUCCACAUUGCCUCUGACAGUUCUCACAUGAAUAUUUUCUAGGAGGUAUGCCAUAAAAAGCGUUUUCACUGAUUUUCACUUCUGAAUGGGUGCAUUGUUCAAGCACUUGAACCAUACACUCACUGGCAGUCAAAACCCAUUCACACACAUACAAACACACACACACAUACACAUUCAUGCAAAAUUGCACUUCAGCUAUUAUAUUUAUUCUUGUUGUUCAUGAAAUCUAAAUACGUAGAUCAGAAUUCUUUGUUAUCAGGUUAUCAUUAAUUAAAUGCAAGUAAAAUAAAUCUGUAUUGGUAAAAUCGUUUUUCUUGUUUAUAUCUUAAGUGUUUCAUCAUCAUUUACAUUUAAUCUUAUAUUUGGUUUCAACCACAAAAGUUGUAAUUCCAUUUCCUCAUCUGCAAAUAUUAGCAUUUUAUUUUGUCAGGCCUGAAUUUUCCUGCAUUAUAAAUUGCAGUUAUUGAUGCUCAGGAAGGAUUUACUGAUGUAACUUCAUACUUCUGCUUUUAAUAGCACCAAUUUCUAAUGCUUUUUUUCAGUCCUCCAUGAUACAUAUGUGAGUAUCGAUUCCCACAUCAACUUAUAAGCCAUGUGACUAUUUGCUCAAAUCAGCUAGUCUAUUGAACAGAAUGAGUGCUCUUGAAGCUUCUGAAAGAGCAAACCUCGUAGAUUUUAUAAGUCAGUAGAUGGUAGAGUCAAAGAUGUAAGAAGGCUCUUAUUCUAGAUGAUGACAAUGGUGUAAGCAUUUCAUGAAAAACUCCCUAAUUCAGGUAAUUUUGUUCAGAGGUUUAAUAUGUAGUCUUUUACAGAAUACAGUAUUGUUUAUUUAGUCCAUUAAUUACUAAUUCAUGGUCAUUACAGGCAUAGUAACUACUAUAAUUCUGGAUUGUGAACAAUGGUUACCCUUAUUACAUAGUAAAGAUCAGAGCCAUUAUGUCAGAAAACGAUAUACUUAGUUUGGCUGGAAUUUAAAAAGGCCUGCUGUCUUCUUUUGCUAUUUCAAGUCUGCAUCAUACAUGAGAUGGAAUAAAGCCUUUUCCAUCAUUUGAUCACUAUUUGUAUAAGAUAUGUAUAUUGAUACAGUAUGCUGUAUGUCAUUAUGAUAGAACAUGCAGUUGAAUGUAUACAGUAUAUGUCUGUAAAUAUCAGAAUUGUAUUAAUAAAUCCUGAUAAACAUUUAAAGGUGGACUGUUAUCAUAAAUAAAGGACAAGAGUAUAUUAUUCACUGUACUGUGUAUAAAAGUGUCAAUUUUACAGUACAUCUAAGUAUAUUCAGUUUGUUUGACAUUUAAUUACCAAAUUUUUUUACUCUAAAUAUAGUGUAUAUUGUAAGCCCAUUUACCACUCAGUGACCACAUAUUCACAUCCGUACAUGCUUUUGUUCAGGAAAAUCCUCAGUUAUCUGAAAACACACGAAGAUUAUCUUGAGACAGUUUCAUUCAUUCACUUCGCACAUGUACCAGGAUUUAUAUAAGUGAUUAUGUAAAAAUAUUUCUGUCCAAAGAUGAUUAUGAUAAUACUCAUAAUGCUGUACUGAAUAAGUCAAUGUAUAAUGUGUAAGUAAAAUAAAAUGUAUAGGUGCUUACAUAAUUCUCAGAUUCAAUGAGAAGGAAAUAACUGUAUGCAUAGUUAAUGUAUUUGGUACUCAUAAGGCCUUGACAAAGUUUUGCUACUCAUUAGUAGUAAAUGUAUAUACACAACCUGAACAGAAAGUAAACCUUCAUGGGGAUAUAUAAUAUAUAUUACAUGGUGUAUGUGUAUGUGUCAUACAACCUUUAUAUAGGAGGGUUAGAGAUGUGUAUGAAUGUAUGAUACCAGACAAAAACUUAAAUGUAUCUGUAAAAGCUUCUAACCAGUGGUUUCACCGCUUUAGUUGGCAAAUAAUACUCCUACUAGUAGUUACAUAUUAUGUGCUCCGUGCUUCAGCCAACUUCAAAGAGGGACACACCUGGGAAGUUCCUAGAAGAAAAUGUGUAAGGAAAGAAAAGAUUGCUUGAAGGAGAAGUUCCUUCAAGGCUUUUACGCUCCUCUGAAGUGUGAUUCACUUGAUCUCCACGACUUUCUCUCUUGUGAGUGUUGCUGUAGUCAUCAUGAAGUGGCUCCCAGUAACGAAGCAUGUUUCAGGCUACACUGUAUCCUUCUUUGGGGCUGGUUUUGGGCAAUGUUCUUAAAUGGCAACUACAGCUGCUAUGUGUGUGUCCGUGGCGCGGUUGUGUCUGUAUGUGUCUGUCUGUUCGCGUCUUGGGGAAGACAACGCUCACGCCUAAAUAUCAGUCUGUUUUAAGUCAGACUUUUUGAGGCAAGUCUUAGUAAUUCACUGCUCAGAAGGCCAAUCCCACGAUAUGAUAAUUUCAUGUAUAUUUACCUUUCUCCUUUUUGUGUCGGUAAAUUACACUUCACUGAUAUUCCUUUUUUCACAUUCUCGUGUGAACCCAUUGCACAAUUUGUACAAGAGCUUGUGUGGGUAUACUCAUAUACACAUUUAUACACCCAAACAAAUAAAAGUAUUGUACAUAUUUAACACACAAGUGUGUAUAUAUUCUCACAAGUGUAAGUGCAUUUUUACAUACUUAAACAUAAAUACGCUGUUGACCCAACUGAGCCAGGAAGAAGGACUUGCUGAACUACGCCAAUUAUUGUAAGUUAAUUAUGUAACAUUCACUCAUUCACUACUAAUUAGUCCAAGAGCUCAAUCCUGUACAUAUACAGGAUAUUCAUAUACAGGUAUUAAACAAGUACUCAUUAACAUACAUUUUUUACCUGUGCGACCACUCACAUUCUAAAAUGCAUUGCAUGCGAGCUUAUAUACUAUUCAUGUAUACAUUUUUACACAUCGUAGAUAAAUAAAUGCUUGUAUUCAUUCACAUAACGUAAAAAGAGAAAUGACAGGACUUGGGUUUCCACUACCAUAUCAAGUGCUUAGAAUUUCAUAAAAAUUAAGGUAGCUGGUUUGAGUGUUCUGUAAUCAUUGUUACAAAUUAAAUGCACUUGCACAGCAUAAACAAAUAUAUAUAUAUAUAUAUAUAUAUAUAUAUAUAUAUAUAUAUAUAUAUAUA